AUGAAGUGGCUCUUGGCCAUUCCGCUGGCUGCGACCACAGAGAUUGCCCCGCGAUGUGAUUUUGAAGUCGUCCAAGACUUUCUGCAGGAAGGCUUCGAAAGCGAGUAUGUUCAUCCUAUCCUCAUCCAGGGGACGCCGUGGGAGAGAGAGCGGGCGUCGCUUGCCUCCUUCCGGCGUGUCUUUGGCAACUACACCGUGCGACUAACCCACAACUUGGAAUUUCAGUCAAGAGCUGGCUCCAAGCCCGAAGCGAACACCAGCACGUUCGGUGAAUGGGCAGACUCACUGUUCCAGCAACAGAGCGUCCCAUAUGUCUUCGAAUUCUGCGCCAAAGAUCUCUGCCAGCAGAUCGAAUCUACAUAUGGUAUCCCGCCAUACCUGAAGAACUCCUGCCUGAGUUUGUACAUGAACACAGGCACCAUUGCAAAGGGAGUUGCCUUCCACCAACACAGGCAAACUUGGGGGUGGCUCCUUGCAGGACGGAAAGUCUGGUACGUCGCCCCGCCGGGGACGCUGAAGUUUCAGCCGCACAAGCACGUGGAAGAGGAGAAGCUGCAGAGCGCUGGCGCUGGCGUGCAGCGCUGUCUUCAAGAAGAGGGCGAGAUCGUCUUCCUUCCUCGAGAUUGGUGGCAUGCGACGUUCAACAAAGCCGAGUGGAACCUGGCAAUAGGUGGCCAAGGUGAGAUCAGCAGCAGUGCAUUCGAUGCAGUACGAGGGGCAGAUGCAGCAAAGAUCCGCAAGCUGCCCAAGGAGGAGGUGAAAGGGGUGCUGCAGUCGGCAGUGGAGAACGGCCAUCGAGAGGUGCUGGAGCUGCUGAUCUCGGCGAAGGCCCGAGUCUUCCCCCAGGGCCGCGAAGGCUGGACGGCUGUGCACGAGGCCGCCAGCAACGUGGGAGACCGGAAGCUUUUGGAGAUGCUGGUGAAGCACAAGCUUGACCUAGCAGCCACAGAUGGAGCAGGCAAGGUGGUUGCGCACCACCAUCCCUCGGAGACGGUCCUGGCCUUUUUGCUGGAGCAGCGGGCCGAGCUUGCUGCGGCGGAUGCCGGGGGGGUGACCGUGGCCCACGAAGCCGCGAUGCGCGGUCACGUCGCUUCCCUCCGGCUCUUGGCUCAGGCUGGGAUCUCGCUGACCGAUCAGUGCAGCAACGGUGCCACUCCUGCGCACUUUGCAGCAUUUGACGGUCACACAGGAGUCCUGCGGGAACUUUUGGCCAGCCGCGCAGAUCUGCAUGCCCUGGACCAUGCCGGCGGGUCGCUGCUGCACCAUGCUGCAUCGCAGGGCCAGACAUCUGCGCUCUCUUUGCUGCUGGGUGAAGGUGUCCGUGCAGGACCGGACGCUUUCGGACGCACUUUGAUGCACGAGGCGGCGGCUACGGGCUUCCCCGAGGCGAUGCAGCUCCUCCGCCAACAUGGGCAGGAUCCGGAUGCCCAGGAUGGCGAUGGCCGCUCUGUGGCGCAGUACGCCGCUGAGGGUGGACACGCAGAAGUGCUGAAGCAGCUCGUUUCCUGGGGCGCGGACCUCCGGCACCUGGACCGAGAGGCCGUGGAGGAUCCCGCGGUGCUGGAGCUCCUGAGCGAGCUGUGA